GUUAGAGACGAGUCCGUGAUGGACAUGUCUCGUUGUCCCGCCCCCCAAAAUGGGGAGCGGGGCGCACACACCCUCCUCAGCAGAGCGCGCACCAACUUUGGGGAGAAGAAGACUCCUUGAGCAGCGUGACGCACCGCCGACAGCAACGCAAGGUUCAAUGUGGACAAUUCCUUAUAAUCUGAAUAAAACUCAAAAUCAAUAAUCUAACACCAAAAAAAAGAGUUUUUUUUUAAUUCGGAGCUGGCUUGGAUUUCUUGAUUUAUUUUUCUCAUGCAAAAUGAACAAUCAGAAGCUAACAUCGUUUCUAUGUUGGGUAAUACUGUGUGUGGACACCAGUUCAAGUCAGAAGGACUGUACAGGCGUGGAUUGUCCCAUUCUGCAGAAUUGCAUAGAGGAGGUUUUGCAAAAGGGUGCCUGCUGUGCCACUUGUGUACGAAAGGGAUGCACCUGUGAAGGUUACCAGUACUAUGACUGUAUCCAUGCAGGAUUUCAGAAAGGGAAAGUUCCAGAGGGCGAGUCCUACUUUGUGGAUUUCGGAAGCACCGAAUGCUCUUGUCCGCAGGGAGGAGGUAAAAUAAGCUGUCGUUUUAUUCCAUGUCCUGAUAUUCCACCUAACUGCAUUGAUGUUUUGCAACCUGAAGAUGGGUGUCCUCAGUGUGGGCGAAUUGGCUGCGUCCUUGGCAACAAGAAGUACGAAGCUGGCCACUCUUUUCAGAUGGAUCCGUGCCAGGUGUGUCAUUGUCCAAAUGAUGGUGGAGGCUUAAUGUGUUCUCCUAUCCCUGGCUGUGACCCACAUAGCAUUAAACCCAUGUUGGUCACUACAACUGAGAACAACAACCCUUUGAAAGACAUCAGCCGUCUGCACGACAGCAGUCAGAUAAACCCUCGGGAACCAUUUUCCAAGUUGGCUCAGCAACAGCAAGUCGGCAACACAUUACCACUGUACAAACCAGACCCACCCAGUUUUGGCACAGAGGAUUAUGACUAUACAUUGGCGGGGCCUACAUCUUCCACUCCCCGGGACGUGGCCCAACCACUGGAAUCUACUACAGUACCACCAGCUUUCCCUGAAUCAGGCUUCAUUUCCUCCAACUCCCACGAUGACAGGAGGAGAGAGAAACAGAGAAACAGUGAUCAAGAGAGGAGAGACAAGGUUGAAGACCAGCAUUACGACGAUCAUACCCCAACCAGAGCUGAGACAGAAACACCAACAUCGCAAACCACAACCACAGAAAAAGUGAUCGCAGAAAACCACAGGCCCAAGCCAGAGGUUAGCGAGAGGACCGUUAGACAACAAAGUGACAGAGACAGAGAAGUGCAAGACACGCUAAAGGACACAAUGCAUUCUUCCCAUACUGAUAAAGGGGUUAAAUACACUGGCCACCACAAACACAGUCAGAACGGCCACACAGGGGGUCACGGUGGGUCCAACUCUCAAGGUCACAAGGCACAAGAAACAGCCCCAGUGGAACACCUACAGCCCCUCAGUAAAGAGAGGCAGGGCUCAUACCCCACUGUCCAAUUCAGCCCCACCAGCCAAGCACCGAUCAGGGUGAGAGAGGAGGGAGACCAACCCAAAAAACAGCCCCAGACACUCCACAACUACCAGCCUCAAAACAGAGAGGAAGACACAGACGUGUCUGUGAAGGAGCUGGCGAGGGUCUGCUGCAAGGCAGGGGAGAAAUGGGCAACGUCUAAUGGUCACUGCAACAACAUGGAGCUCCCGAGAGAGGAUCGGCAUUCCAUCUGUCGGACUGCCCAGAAACAGUGUUGUCUCGGCUUCCUCGGGGAAAGGCGGUGUUUGGCCGGUAUUAAUGCAGCCAAUGAAGGAGCCGUGUGCGAAGAGGACGCCAACACCAAGUGUGGAGCCGACACCUACAAGGAAUGCUGCGACUGCUGCACUCUGGGGCUGCGGUUUCGUAAUGAAGGACACCAAUGUGAAGCGCAUCAGCACCUGAGCUACCACUGCAGACAUGUCUUCCUCACCUGCUGCAACGGGAAGGACGGUCAGGAGGAGCAGCGGGGGGACGGAGGUGGCUGGAACGUCGUCAAAGAGAGGCCCUCUCUUGACUCCACUCCACCACCAAAGAAAGUGUCCGACAGCCCAUUCCCAAAUGAGGCCUUCUCCAUCAGUGAGGAGCAGGAUAGGGAGAAUGCCGCUGAGGGACCUUUUGAGGUGGAGGACGUGGACGAAUGCCACGUCUACGAGGACCUCUGCCACCACAGGUGUAUCAACACACCCGGCUCUUUCAGGUGUGAGUGUUUCCCCGGGUUCAUGCUACAAGAGGACGGCAUCACUUGUGAACGAGAAACGGUGGACGAGGAGAACAGGCUGAAAGAGGACGACAGAGCGGCAGCGGGGCCCACCGCCUUCCCUCCUCCCCCUGUCCCGCUCAACCCCUGUGAAGGAAACAGCCCCUGUAUGCAACAGUGCACCCCAGUGGGCGGACGGCCGCAAUGCUCCUGUUUCCCAGGGUUUUCUCUGCAGGCUGACGGACGCUCCUGCGAAGACAUCAACGAGUGUUUGUCCACGCGCGCCUGCCUGGUGAAUGAGCGCUGUGUCAAUACCGCAGGGAGCUUUGUGUGUCAGAGGCAAAUCGUCUGUCCUCUGGGAUACCAGAUCACCAACGACAUCUGCGAAGAUAUCAAUGAGUGUAUGCAGGCAACCCAUAACUGCGGGCCUGGCUUUGUGUGUGUGAACACCGAGGGUUCGUUCACGUGCAACCCCAAACCUCAAUGCUCGGUGGGCUUUAGCCUGGAUACGAACGGAAACUGCAUAGAUGUUGAUGAGUGCAGCAGUGUGGCCCACCCCUGUAGCCCAGGAUUUAACUGCGUCAACACAAUGGGAUCCUACACCUGCCAGAGGAAGAUCAUCAUGUGUAGCCGAGGCUACCAUGCCAGUCCUGACGGAUCCAGGUGCAUUGAUGUGGACGAGUGUCAGAGCAACGCGCAUCGCUGUGGAGAAGGCCAGCUGUGCCACAAUAUGCCCGGCUCCUACCGGUGUGACUGCCAGACCGGCUACCAGUAUGACACUUUCAGGAGAACGUGUGUAGAUGUGAAUGAAUGCUGGCGCUACCCUGGCCGCCUGUGUGCCCAGACCUGUGAGAACACCCCGGGCUCUUACGAAUGCUCCUGUACAGUUGGCUUCCGCUUAUCCACUGAUGGCAAGAACUGUGAAGAUGUCAACGAGUGUUUGACCAAUCCAUGCAGCCAGGAAUGUGCAAACGUCUACGGCUCCUACCAGUGCUACUGCAGACAGGGCUACUACCUCAGGGAAGACGGGCACACCUGUGAAGACAUUGAUGAAUGCUCCCAGAACAUCGGCCACUUGUGUACCUACAAGUGUGUAAAUGUUCCAGGCAGUUACAAGUGCGCUUGUCCAGAGCAUGGCUACAGCAUGUCGCCUAAUGGACGCUCGUGUCGAGAUGUAGAUGAGUGUGCCACCGCGGCCCAUAACUGCUCCAUAGCGGAGACCUGCUAUAACAUUCAGGGAGGCUACCGCUGCCUCUCCUUCAGCUGUCCGCAGAGCUACCGCAAAGUGUCCGACACGCGCUGUGAAAGGAUCAGCUGUCCCAAUUACCUGGAUUGCCAGAACACCCCACUGAGAAUCACCUACUACUACCUCAGCUUCCAGUCCAACAUCGUCAUCCCUGCCCAGAUCUUCCGCAUCGGACCGUCCCCCGCCUACUCCGGAGACAACGUCAUUGUCAGCAUCACCAAGGGCAACGAGGAAAACUACUUCAGCACGCGGAAGCUCAACGCCUAUACAGGUGCAGUGUACCUACACCGGCAGGUCCGUGAGACGAGGGACUUCCUAAUCGACGUGGAGAUGAAACUGUGGAGACAGGGGGCUUUUACCACUUUCCUGGCCAAGAUCUACGUCUUCAUCACGACCAACUCGCUCUAACCGGCGAGAGACAUUCUCUGGACGCUGUGGGCCGUAAUGUCAUGCUUAAAAAGCGGACCGAAGAGAUUAUCUAAUAUUGUCCAUUGACGUUGUAUAAAAUUGCCUGCCAUCUCUGAUGACACAAUUUGAGCAGUUAGUUUUUGUGUUAGAUUUUGAUUUGCAUCUAGCCGGAGUCACCAAGACACUCAUAUCUGUAAAGAUGACAACCACAGCUAGAUGUAAUUUCGUGUCAGUUUUCAAGUUUUCACUUCCACGCCAUGAAAAUUUGCCUUUUUUCCCACUUUACCACUAAAACUGAAGGUUUACGUCAUCCUCUAUUCUCUCAUGUAAAUUUUUGACCAUAUGAUUCAGAAAACUUAUUCAAAACACACUCUGUGGCCACUAGAAUGGACAAUAUUGUACUGAAAGAACAUUUUCCACUUGGGUCCUAAAAAAGGGGAUUCAGGUUUGUCAUCUGAUAGUAAUUUGACUCAGUCUGAAAUUGUAUUCAGGAGUAACAGUAAGUUAGCAUUAAGCAACCCUUCGUCCACUGUUCUACCCUCUCUUUUUAAAUUGAUAAUUUGUUUGUUUGUGUUAUGUGUAUCUGCUCGUUACCCUAUUGCGAUGUAUAAUUUGAUACCACAGCUGUAGCAAGAGUUCCCAUUAUAGUUCUUUAACAUCUAUCCGUCAUUAUUAUUACCCUGACCUGCUGUUCAUGUUUAGCCUUUGAAGCAUUUUUUACUCCUAAUUUAAUACCACGAUAUAUACGUAUAUUUGUAUUUCUGUAUUCAGACACAUUAUGAAAGGAUGUAUCAUAUUUUUCCCCCCUGCUGGAUUCAUAAGACGCAGAAUAUUUGUAGUAAAAUAUUAAAACAC